AUGUGGCUCUUCCACGCUCUGCUCUACAUAACCACCUGUGACCUCAGCAUCCAGGGUGCUGCCACCCUGUUCCUGCAGCCAGCACCCCCACACCAGGCCUUCCCCCGCAUAGCUCCCACUCAGGGCCUGGCUCCCCUGGCAGGCUUCAAUGUGGAUGUAGCCCAGACUUGGAUCACACCCAGCGGUGCGCCUUUUGUGCUCAGCUCCCUUCUGCACCAAGACUCCAGCACCAAUCAGACCUGGCUCCUCGUCACCAGCCCUAUGACGAAUGAGUCAGCAGGGCCCCUCCAUCGGUGUUCCUUCAACCUGAAUGAAAUCUCCUGUCAGACAGUAGAGCAUGCUCACAUCCCAAAGAAGAAACAUCAGGGAGUGACAGUUGUCCGGAACCAGCAUGGUGUUUUGGUUUGCAUUCAAGUGACAACCCGGAAACCCCACAGCCUCAGUCCAGAACUCACAGGGAACUGCAACCUAUUGGACUCCAGCCUCCAAUUCCAGACCCAGACCUACUUCUCCAAUUUUAAAAAUCUCCUUCCAGAUGCACCUGUGGAUGCUGGAGACUGCUACUGGAAUAGAAAAAGCAACACAGAGGGGAAUGAGCACUCAGCCAGGGGGCGCAGGGCACUGAAGGAGGUGGACGAGGAGGAGGAGGAGGAGGAGGAGGAAGCCGGCACUGAGAUUGCCUUCAUUUUGGAUGGCUCAGGAAGCAUUAACAUCCCAGACUUUGAGAAAGCCAAAGACUUUAUCUCCAACAUGAUGAAGGACAUCUAUGAGAGGUGCUUUGAGUGCAGCUUUGCCCUGGUGCAGUACGGAGGAGUAAUCCAGACUGAGUUUGAUCUUCUGGACAGCCAGGACGAGAUGGCCACCCUCGCCAAAGUCAAGAACAUCAGUCAAGUGAAGAGUGUUACUAAGACGGCCUCAGCCAUGCAGCAUGUCCUGGAUACCAUCUUCACGCCAAGCCGUGGGUCCAGAGAGAAAGCAACCAAGAUCAUGGUGGUGCUCACCGAUGGGGACAUAUUCAUGGACCCCCUCAACCUCACAACUGUCAUCAACUCCCCAGAGAUGCAGGGUGUUGAACGCUUUGCCAUUGGGGUAGGGGAAGCGUUUGAGAACGAAAAGUCUGACAAGGAACUGAAACUGAUCGCCUCGGAUCCCGAUGAGAAGCACGCUUUCAAGGUGACCAACUACUCAGCGCUGAGCGGGCUGCUGAGCAAACUGCAGCAAAGUAUCAUCCACAUGGAGGGUGCACGUGGAGAAGACCUUCACUGUCAGCUGGCACAGGUUGGCUUCAGUGCCCAGAUCCUGAACAAGGAGCAGGUGCUGCUUGGUGCCGUUGGGGCCUUUAACUGGUCAGGCGGUGUGCUGGUCUACAACAUGAGUAGCGGUGAGGGACGCUUCCUGAACCAGAGUGCAGCGGAUGCCAAGACUGCUCAGUACAGCUACCUAGGUUACUCAGUGGCCGUGCUGCACAAGACCCAUGGCCUCUCCUAUGUGGCCGGGGCUCCACAGCACAAACAUCGUGGGACAGUGUUUGAGCUCCAGAAGGUGGAAACAGGAACCACCUUCCUUUCGGUACUGGAGGGAGAGCAGAUGGGAUCCUAUUUUGGCUCCGAGCUGUGCCCUGUGGACAUCAACAUGGAUGGAACCACAGACUUGUUGCUGGUGGCAGCUCCGUUUUAUCACAUUCACGGAGAAGAAGGCAGAGUUUACGUCUACCGCUUGGAUAAGCAGAAUGGCUCCUUCUCCUUUGUACGCACACUGAGCGGGCUCCCCCGUUUCAAAGAUGCCCGGUUUGGCUUUGCCAUGGCAGCUAUAGGGGACAUCAGUCAGGAUAAGCUCACAGAUGUGGCCAUUGGGGCCCCCCUGGAGGAUUUUAGGGCUGACAGUGAUAACAGUUUCGGCAGCGUAUACAUCUACAAUGGACGCCAGCAAGACCUCUCCUCCAGCUACUCACAGAGGAUCAGCGCCUCGGAGAUGACUGCAGGACUCCACUACUUCGGCAUGUCCCUGGCUGGUGGCUUCGAUAUCAGUGGUGACGGCCUUGCUGACAUCACCGUGGGCACUCUGGGCCAGGCCACUGUGCUCCGCUCAAGACCUGUAGUUCAUCUGAAGGUGACCAUGAAAUUCACGCCUCAGGAACUGCCCAUUCGCUUCAAUGGCACAGUGAAUGCAACUUUGUGCUUUGAAAUCAGCUCUGGGACCCCAGCUACCAAGACAGGCCUCCAAGGGACAUCUCUCAACUUCACGUUGGACGUGGAUGUGAUGAAGCACAGGAGAAGGCUGAAGUAUUCAGAUGGCAAGACUUCUCUGAGCCUCCUUCGGGAAUGGCCCAAGGAAUCACAACUCUGUGAGCCCCUCAAGUUCCACCCUGUGGAAGGGGAGCUCAUUGAAGACUACUUCUUCAACAUCCAUUUCAACAUCAGCUACCAACUCAAGACCCCCAAGGCCAUCAGGAACUAUGCCCAUUCCAUCCUGGACCACUACACUGAGCCCUCUGCCAUCUUCCAGCUGCCCUAUGAGAAGACCUGCAAGAAUAAGACAUCUUGUAAUGCUGAAUUACAGUUGGACUUCACCAUCUCCCAGCAGAAUUUGGUGAUAGGUGAUACAAAGGAGCUGAUUAUGAAUCUGAAUGUAACUAACUCUGGGGAAGAUUCCUACAUGACCAUCCUGACUGUGCAAUACCCCAGGAUCUUACAGUUUAAGAGGAUACAGACGCCUACAUCUCUGCAUAUUCAGUGUGAUGACCCUCAGCAAGAUGCUACUGCCAUGAACUGCAAGAUUGGCCACCCCGUAUUCAAGAGGUCGUCUGCAGACAUCAUGAUAUCUUGGCAGCUAGAGGAGAAUGUCUUUUCCAACAGUACAGAGGACAUCACUGUGACCACCACCAGUUCCAACAUAGGGUCUCCAGUCAGUAAGAGUGCAACCAUGACAUUCAAGCGUGCCUUCACUGCAAUGCUUAACAAACCAUUGGUGAUGUAUAUGAACACAAGCAAGAGUCUUCUUGACCACAAAGAAUUCAUCUUCAAUAUACGUGGGGAUAAUCACUAUGAUGCCCAAUUCCAGUUGCAAAUUUGUGUUCCAAUCAAAAUCCACGGCUUUCAGGUUGUAAAUGUGAUGAACUACACCCAGAGCACAUUCCCCCAAUGUAAGUCCCGGUGCUCAAAGUGCAGGGAGGACUCUGCCACGGCGAGUGACGCGGUGAUCUGGUGCAAAAUGCUCUUCGCAGCAGCCAUGGAAGUCAGCUGCCUUCUCAUUCGCUCCAAUUCAGCUUCACAGCGGGACCCCCUCAUCUUCUUCCCAUCUGUCCCACACUCAGGCUUCUCAGCGUUCACCGAGUCCACAGAGCUCCAGAGAGCUGACCUGACGGUGGCACGGGUGACACUGACCGCUAGCGCUGGGACCCCAGCUGCAGGGCUGCUGGGAGAGGCCGGAGAGCUGAACAGGGAGGCGCUGGUGCCCAGCUCGUCGCAGUCGUUGGGCUGGCUGCACACACUGAGCUCCGGGCUGAGACGGCCCGGGUGGUUGUCGGAGAAGGGCGGCGGGCCGUACAGGCCACACGGGCGGAAGUCGGGGUCGUCGGGGUCGUCGGAAGCGACGGACUGCAAGGGACCGCUGUUGUUGGCGUCGCUGCUGCUACUGCUGCUGCUAAAGAAACGCUUCCGAUCUGGCGGCGGGAACCAUUGCGUGGCAGCCCGCCCCGGCCGCCGCCGCGGUCCCCAGCCACCUACAGUCCCGUACGUUCGGAAGAGCCGGCUCCCGGGUCGCGGGAACGAGACCGCCAUAACUCGCACCCGCCUAGCAGUUCAAAUUCAAGCACCGCGAGAAUUCAAGAUGACGUUUAGGCGUCUGCCGGCCGGCCUACGCACAAGCCGGGUCCUAGCGCCCGUCUUCGCGCGUGCGCUUUCCUGCGGGUCGCCAAGAAGCCGGGUUUGCGAGACUGUGAAUCCUUUACAGAAGCAGACGAGCAGCCUAGUCACGCCGCCAUCAGGCCUUCUGAUAAAAAUGCUCAGAUACCGCUUUCCCGAGGUUCUCCCGCACGUGGAAGAAUGGGAUUCCGUGAACUGCAACAUUACUUCAGGUCAAGAAAAUGUAACGGUGGCUGCAGAGCUCAUCUUGAGUCACUCUGAGCGGGUAAUUAAAACUUUAAGAGACCUGAAUGAACUGCACAUCCUUGGCAGAAUAAUUCACGACGAGACUCUGUAUCAGAGGCAGAAUGCAGAGAACAACAAAACUCAGAUCACUGUCAUCUUUCUGAAAGAUGAAACGCCUGUCCACUUUUUGCCUGUCAUCAUCGGGAGCAGUGUUGGUGGCUUUCUGGUUUUGAUUGUGAUUAUUGUCAUCCUAGUCAAGUGUGGCUUUUUCAAAAGGAAAUAUCAGCAAUUGAACUUGGAAAGCAUGAGGAGGACCCAGCUGAAAUCAGAGGAUCUGCUCCCAGAAGAAAAUUCAGAGCACCUUUUGCACCCUUCGGAGAAAACUGCCCAUUGA